CGUGUUUACAAGCCCAAGUUGAAACGUUAUUGGCUACAUCAAAAGCACAAGAAGUUAUUAAUGAAGCACCUAUUUCUACCGCCAACAUAUCAACGCCACCAGAAUCCCCAUGUAAUUCGCGACCAAGUAGUGACCUCUUUAAUGAAAUGACAAGUGAAUCAAAUAGUAUAACAGAUGGUAUAAUUAGUGGAGAAAACGAGGCAGCAAACGAAGAGGAGCGUCACGAAGUCGCGGAGGAAAUCGUGGUGGACGACGG